GCCGCAGGGCGCAGGGGCGCGGCGCUCUCGGUGGUACCUGAGGUCAUCAGGGCGCGACGGCGGCGGGAGCUGUGUGCGGCUGCUCUCGGCGGGCUCCCGGCGGGCUGUUUUCGGACAGACAUGACCACACAGUACGGCAUUCUCUUCAAGCAAGAGCAAGCUCACGAUGAUGCUAUUUGGUCAGUUGCCUGGGGCAAAAAUAAAAAUGAUGGUUCUGAAACAGUGAUCUCCGGCUCUUUGGAUGAUCUGGUAAAGGUCUGGAAGUGGAAUGAUGAAAAGCUGGAUCUGCAGUGGACUCUGGAGGGCCACCAGCUGGGGGUGGUGUCUGUGGACAUCAGCCACACGGGUGCCAUUGCAGCAUCCAGCUCCCUGGACGCCCACAUUCGCCUCUGGGACUUGGAGACUGGCAAGCAGAUCAAGUCCAUAGAUGCUGGUCCUGUUGAUGCUUGGUCCCUGGCUUUUUCACCUGAUUCCCAGUACCUUGCAACAGGAAGUCACGUGGGGAAAGUAAAUAUUUUCGGUGUUGAAACUGGAAAGAAAGAAUAUUCUCUGGACACCAGAGGAAAGUUCAUCCUUAGCAUUGCAUAUAGUCCAGAUGGAAAAUACUUGGCCAGUGGAGCUAUAGAUGGCAUUAUCAAUAUUUUUGAUAUUGCGACUGGAAAACUUCUGCAUACGCUAGAAGGCCACGCCAUGCCCAUCCGCUCGCUGACCUUCUCCCCUGACUCCCAGCUACUCGUCACUGCCUCCGACGACGGCUACAUCAAAAUCUACGACGUGCAACAUGCAAAUUUGGCUGGCACAUUAAGUGGUCAUGGAUCCUGGGUUUUAAAUGUAGCAUUUUGUCCUGAUGAUACCCAUUUCGUUUCCAGUUCAUCUGAUAAAAGUGUGAAGGUUUGGGAUGCUGGAACAAGGACCUGUGUCCAUACUUUUUUUGACCAUCAAGAUCAGGUUUGGGGAGUGAAAUACAAUGGAAGUGGGUCCAAAAUUGUGUCUGUUGGUGAUGACCAAGAAAUUCAUAUUUAUGACUGUCCAGUUUAAAUGUCUUGACUUAGAUACUUCAGUAAAUGUCUUGUAGCAGUUUCAAGGGACUGCUACUGUCCUAUGUAAUUUUUUUGGUAUGAUAAAAGUGUUCAUACUGAUCUGCAAAACCAGAUCCAAUUUUGAUUUUGCUUAGCAUGAGAGAAAAAACUUACUUUUUUAAAAUAAAAGCUACAGCUCCAA